UACUGCUUCUAGUUCCUCUCUUGAAAAGACAUACAAAAGAUCAAACAUGGAUCUCAAUGAAAAUAAUGAAUCUAGAUCUCAGAACCUUAGAGAAGAACGAAGCUUUGUCUUUCUUAGCAACAAAAUUGAGCCAACUUCAAUUUUGGAAAAAGCACCACUUCACGAUAAUCUGAAAAAGGAACUUGCUCAGGAUAAGUUUUUAGGCCCUAACUUCACAGAAUCUUACUCUUGGCCAGCAAUAGCUCGAGGAUGUGAUGUAGUUACCAUCUCCUAUCAAGGAAGUGACCCUUUCUCAUAUAUUCCACCAGUUCUUGCUUUCUUGCAAAUGGAAAACUGCUACAAAGCCUUGCCAAAAAGAAGUGGACCACUGGUGCUUAUUUUAUGUCCUGGUUGGAGGAAGGCACAGCUUGUUUUUGAGUUACUGAAAAAAUACAGCAGAUGCUCCAGACUGAGUUGUCCAAUGUUGAUAAUACUUGGGAAGAAAAGAGAAGAAGCUGAAACAGUGAAAAUCCAAGGAUGUGAAAUAAUUGUGACUACACCAUAUAGUCUCCUGAGAUUGUAUAAACAUCACCUUUCCUUGUUUUCUGGACUUUGCCGUCUUAUUUUGGAUGAAAUUGAGGUACUGUUCUCUGAAGCUGCUGAACAGGUUUCUGUUAUACUAGGUUACUACAAGAAAAAUCUCAUUAAUGAGGAAUGGAAGUACUCACCACAUCAAAUUAUUGCUGUUGGAACUCAAUGGAAUAAGCAUAUAGGAAUCUUAAUAAAGGAGUUCACGAAUGAUCCUUACAUUGUGAUAACAGCUUUGGAAGAAGCUUCCAUUUAUGGACAUGUGCAACAGGUAAAAGCUUGGAGCUGAUGUAAUUAUUUGUUAACUGAGCCAUUCUGUUGU